AUGACGCAAGAUUGGGGAAAGCCGGGGGGAGUGAAUCGAUUCAUCGACGGGAUCGGGUCAAGGGCCAAGCAAGGAGAAGAGGUCGCCUCAACGGCUUUGUCGACUACUCUGUCCAUAUCAGAGACAGAGAGACUCGAGUCCUCCACCACCCCACAAACUAAUACCGACGGAGAAGGCACCGAAGGAGCUCAAGGGUAUCAGCCAAGGUGGUUUGCAGCAACUGAGCAUCCCAUGUCAUCCUUAAUUCCACGCCUCCCUGACUCUCUUCAGAGCUACGUCGACACAUCUCUCUCUUCUGUAUCCAAGGCAUACUCUUCGCUGCCCGAACCAGCGCAGCAGUAUAUCAACGCCGCUACUAAAGCCGCACAUCUAGACCAGCUGCCGCCGAGUGCUCUCGCAGGCACCUUACUCAUUCUCCUCACCGCUGCCCUCUCAAUGAAUCGUUUGACGAACGUGUUCCCCUUCGGCGGAUCACGGUUGUCGCCCUUCCGACGCAGCAGCAACAUCCCGAACGUCACCGACGAUGAUUUCUCCUACAUCACAUCCGAUGACCUGGCCCGCGCGCACGACCCGCACCGCUCGGGGACGAGCGCGACGGCCACAGACGACGUGCUGUUGAUCAAGAACAAAGGCAUCACCUAUCCCGUCAAGUUUCCAGCUUACUCAAUUGGAGAUGGGAAAUUACAAGUGAGAGAUAUCAAAGAGCGCGCUGCCAUCGUGAUGGGCUUGCCUGAUGGCAGUGAGAAGAGGUUGAAGUUGUUAUAUAAGGGACAACAACUGAAGGAUGAUUACCGCCCAUGCCGAGAUUACAACUUGAGAAACCAGAGUGAGAUUCUCUGUAUAGUUGGAGAUGCGCCGGCAGACGCGUCCGAGGACUCUGAUGGGAGUGAGAGUGUGGCGGAUUCCACCGGAAAGAAGAAGCGGAAUCGCAAGUCCAAGAAGAAAGGAGGAAAGAGUAGAAAGGGCGACUCAAAGUUGAGCCCUGAUCCAGGCGCCCGCGAAGGAAGCUCCAGACCGGUAACACCAAUCCCGGCGCCAAAAACUGCCAUCGACAAGCUGCAGAGUAUUUCGAGCCAUUUUCACACCAAGAUUCUGCCGCUCUGUGUCCAAUAUACGCUGGACCCUCCACAGGAUCCCAAGAAGAAGGAUUUUGAGCAUAAGAGAUUGACUGAAACGAUUAUGAAUGAGGUUAUGCUGAAGUUGGAUGCGGUGGAGACGGACGGCGAUCCUGAGAUUAGGGACAAGAGAAGGGCGUUGGUUAAGGAGACACAGGAGGUCUUGGAUGGGUUGGAUGAUGCCGCCCGCAAAUAG